AUGGCGAACCGAGGCUACGAUGUCGUAGUAGAUGUGGAUGCAGAGGGCGACCUUGGCCACACUGACCUACAAGAAGACCUCGAAUUCCACCCUUCCAACUUUGAAAAUGACCAAAGAACUGCCAAAGUCCAAAAUGACUCCGCCCCGUUCCUGAGCGGCGGGCCAUCGCGCCGUGACCGGUCCCCUGGCGGUACGCCGACCAAGCACAGCUGGUGGUCUCUGCACUAUUACGAGCGCUUUUUUGAUGUCGACACGAACGAGGUCUUCCGCCGCUGUGUGGCGACAGUGUAUCCGCGCACCAACUUCCUCGAUGUGCUAGAGGGUAACGCAGACUUGUACGGACCGAUCUGGAUCGCGACUACGGUGGUGGUCAUCCUGUUUUUGACGGGCACUAUCUCGCAAUGGCUGUCAAAUAAGGGCGACAAGCACUUCGAGUAUGACUUCACGCUGCUGUCGGGCGCAGCUGGUCUAGUGUACGGAUACACGGGUCUCUUGCCUGUUGCCCUGUGGGGUGCGCUGCGUUGGUUCGGCAGCUCGACGGCUGACCUUAUUGAGUGCUGGGCUCUGUAUGGGUACUCCAAUCUGGUCUGGAUUGCCGUUGCACUGGUUAGCUGGAGUCCGUUGACUGCGCUUAACUGGGCGCUUGUUGGUGUUGGCUUUGCUUGGAGUGUCUUCUUCCUUCUGCGGAACUUAUAUCCCGUCUUGAAUGCUACUGAUGCGAAGGCCAGCAAGAUCCUCUUGAUCUUGGUUGUUGUGCUACAUGCGGCACUGGCUACUGCUAUCAAGGUGCUUUUCUUUGCCCAUGGGAGCCCCGUGUCAAAGAAGAACAAGGACACGGAUCACGACGAAAAGAAGAUUGACGACAACAAAGGGAUGAUGUUCCGGGCAUAG